CUUCAGCUAUUGAUUCCUUUUAUAAAUCGGUACUAUCGAGCCAGGGUGGUUAGAAAUAAGAAUUGCAGUAUUUUCUAGAAUGUUCUUUGUGAUUGUUGUUUGUGCUCCACUCUGACACAGAGGAAGUGAUUUCCUUCCAGCUGUUUUUUUUUUUUGUUACACUUUACUUCCCUGUUUUCCCGUGUUUGCGAGUUUACCUUUUAAAUUAACCCCCUCAGUUCUGUGUACGAACAGAGUCAGAAUACACAACAGGAAGUAAGAAAAAGCCGACAUGCUUCUUGUUCAUGGAAUAGAAACCCUGUUACUACUGCUGUAAAAGAGCGCUUCCCGUUCUUACUUCUAUAUUGUGGUUUACUGUGGAUCUAUAUGUUUUACCUCCUUGUACUCCUGUACAUGCACUCCUCUUGUUUGCUUCCUCAUUUCAGUUCCUCGUCAACAACCACCAUCAGUGUGUUUUCUGCUACUUCCCCCUUAAUCGGAAUAGAGAUCCAUUUAAAGCACUGCCUCUGUGUCAGGUGCUGGCAUCGGUCUGAGGCAUCGGAGCAACAGCAUCAUGGCCCUACAGAAUUCCAACAUCCAGGGUGGUGUGCUCAUCCACCACACGCUGCAGGAAGGAAAGCAUCAGUACGAGGUGGAGAAGGUGAUGAAACAACGUCCUGCAAAAGGAGAGAAAAUGUUUGUCAGGAAAGGAGAUAAACUGAUGCUGGUCAACAAUAUUGACCUGCAAAACCUUCCUCCUGAGGAUUUGGCACAAAUAUUAUCCCAGGGCCAACCAAUGCUGACGGUGCACAAGGCCAGCGAGAACAAGGACAAAGAACGACCACCGGGGGAUGGAAACACCCUGAGGCCGUUUUUCAAGGAGUCCAGACUUCUGAGCAUUAGAAUGGAAAUGAGGAGAGAAGAGGAGGACGAGGCGGGAGAAGAGGAAGACAUGGCGGACGGGUGCAUAGAAGAGGAUGCCGCUCAGACGGAGGGUGGAACGGAGGGAGGGAAGAAAGAAAUGAUCGUUGUUACCAUGACUAAAACCAGCAUCUCUGUAGUGUCAGGGAGGGGCUGCGGUCCUGACGAUCCCUGUCGAGGAUGUCAGGGCAAAAGCUGCACCUUCCAAAAUGUGGUCAUUGUGUCGGAAACCAGCGCCGUCACAGUUGUUCCAAGAGGUGGCAGCAGUUUCAAACAGGCCAAUUCUGUAACAGCAUCCAUCGAACACAUGGCGACUCAUCAGUACCUUAGAGGUCUGUGUUCGGAGAAAACCCUCUACACGUCACCAAAUCCAGAGAAUAUCACAAUCUACCACUACAAGUCAAACGUCAUGGAGAGGCCGUUCAGGGGAGUGCCAGUGGUCCUGAACUUCACCGACUCUGACUGCUUUCUCAGGUGCGUCAAGAUAGGACCAAAGGUCGUUCUCCAAGUUGAGGUAACAUGUGAAUACAUUCACUCUAAAAGUGAACAACAAAAAAAAAAAACAACUUGUUUCCAUUCUGAUUCAUUAAUUUUUCACUGCAGGAAUNCAGAAUCUGAAGCAGAUUUGUUUGAACGAUGACACCAAACUGUCCUUUGUUUUCUAUAUGAAGUCGGACCAAUCCAAACACACCAGCUUUGAGUCAGUUCUGCAUCGUGGAUGGUUCAUCCAAGCUGUCAGUUCGGACUCGGUCUCGGUUGAAACUGUGGACGGAGCCAGCGGACACCAUGCAUUUCUGUUUGUCAUUCGAAAGGACUGCGUUACAGUCAAGUGAUCGAUUGCUGAUCGUUAACGACGAUGUCAGAGAUUUACUGUACAUUUCUUCUUCGUUUCCACACAAAUAACAGUGGAGAUGUACUGUCUGUACUGCAUGUAAUACUUUCAGCGUGUGGUUAUGUUUCAGUUACUGUACAUGUUUGUUUUUUUAAGAGUCAAAGCUUAAAAUCGUUUUUAACAUCAGAAAAAUUUUUUUGCUUUCUUGA